CUCUUCUUCUCUCUCGAAAUUGCUCAUCUCUCUUCUUCUUCUUCUUCUUCUUCUUCUUCUUCUUCUUCUUCUUCUUCUUCACGAACGAAAAACAGAUCUCAUGGGUUCUUCUUCUUCACGAACAGAAAACAGAUCUCAUGGGUUUGUCAAGCUUCAGUUCAUCCUUUGCACACUUGAGUGGUAGAUCCGGUCGAUUCUUAUGGCGAAAGCUGUUUGUGACUACGGUUCGAUUAAGGUGUCUUCAAGCUUUGAUAAUCCUUGGAGAAGAUACAUGGCUUGCCCUUUAUUGAUAAAUGGUAAAAUAAAUGUUUAAUUUUCCAUUGGUGGGUUGUUUUCUCAACUUUUUGCAUCUGGGAUUUGUAAUGGAUUUUUCUCGAUUUUUCUCCCUUUUUUGGUUUUGGGUUUUGAUAAAAAGUUCCUAAUCUU